AUGCGCACUGCUUUUAUUCCACUCGUUGUUUCGCUGUUUGCGACAGUAGCCAUGGGGCUUGCGCCACACCGGAGCGUCAUCAUCAGUUGGCCGAACGACACGCCGGACGAGAUCGUGGAGCAGAGCAAGGAGGCUAUUCGAAAGGCAAAGGGUGAGAUUACAUAUGAGUACAAUAUCAUCAAGGGGUUUGCGGCCACGGCCCCUGCAUCUGCGCUGGAGCUGGUGUCUACGCUGAGCGAUGUGUACAAGUGCGAGAUUGAGGAGGACGGCAUCGUUACAACACAGCACAACAAGGAGUAG